UCCCGGGCCCCGCCGGGCGCCAUGGACGCGGCGACGGGGGAGGCCGCGGCGGCCGGAGGAGCCGUCUCCCGCGAGGGCUGGUUCCGCGAGACCUGCAGCCUGUGGCCCGGGCAGGCGCUCUCCCUGCAGGUGGAGGAGGUGCUGCAUCACCAGCGGUCGCCCUUCCAGGAGAUCCUCGUCUUCCGGAGCAAAACCUACGGGAACGUCCUGGUCCUUGACGGAGUCAUCCAGUGCACCGAGAGAGAUGAGUUUUCAUACCAGGAAAUGAUUGCCAACCUCCCUCUGUGCAGCCACCCAAAUCCUCAGAAGAUUCUAAUUAUUGGUGGCGGUGAUGGAGGAGUCUUAAGAGAAGUGGCGAAGCAUCCUUCAGUUGAGUCUGUAAUUCAGUGUGAAAUUGACGAGGACGUGAUCCAGGCCUCUAAGAAAUACCUCCCGGGCAUGGCCGUGGGCUACUCCAGCCCAAAGCUGACGCUCCACGUCGGGGACGGCUUUGAAUUCAUGAAGCAGAAUCAAGAGGCUUUUGAUGUGAUCAUCACCGAUUCCUCUGACCCCAUGGGUCCUGCUGAAAGCCUGUUUAAGGAAUCCUAUUACCAGCUGAUGAAAACUGCUCUGCGGGAAGAUGGGAUUCUCUGCUGCCAAGGUGAAUGCCAGUGGUUGCACCUUGACCUCAUUAAGGAGAUGCGUCAGUUCUGCAAAUCACUCUUUCCGGUGGUUGAGUACGCCUACUGUACCAUCCCAACGUAUCCCAGCGGCCAGAUUGGCUUUAUGCUCUGCAGCAAAAAUCCAAACACUAACUUCAGGGAACCCAUCCAAAUACUCUCCCAGGAACAAGUGGAAAAAAUGUCCCUCAAGUAUUACAACUCAGACGUCCACCGAGCAGCUUUUGUCUUGCCGGAAUUUGCACGAAAGGCACUGAGUACCGUGUAAAAAUGCCACUGGACAGCUUGGCUUCUUUCCUCAAACUUCCGGGGGUCUUGAAGUGGCAUCACCGUAGCAGAUACCCUCCAGCGAUGGCUCGGCCACUCCUGUCUGCAGUCCAGGCACCACCUCUGCCAGCUGAACGUUCCUUCCUAUUUUGUAUUUAAAGAAAAAGACUUGGAGUUUGGCCCCUGGCAAGAAUCCAAAACAACUGCUCAGGCCUUGGUUGCAGGCUCUGCUGUUGGGGUGGCUUUUGCAGAACUGAGUAUUAACUCGGCCGCCUCUCGGCCUUUCCUUUUUAACAGCCCCCGACUCCUGCUCAUGGCUCUGUAUUUAUAGCUAACAAAUAUAUCCCCCACCCUGUAACUCAGCAGAGGGGCUAGUUUGGCAGAUCCCACCGCCACCCCUUUGCCUAAUGGUUUAGUGUUUUCAGAAACAAGCCCUCAUUUUCCAUCCUUUUUCCUAUGCUCCUGUGUUCGUCUUCCAUAGGAGAAGCAGACCCUUCUGUUUCACUGGUUUGGGUAUUUCCCCCCUUCCACCCCAGAAUGCCCCGCCUGCCCGCCCGCCCGCCCUUGACUUGGAUUCUGCUCUCAGAUGUGACUUUUUAGUUGGCCCAAGCAUCUGCCAGCCAGAAAAGCUGCUUUGCCUGCUUGCAUCAGAGAGAAGAGGGAGGAGGCGUUUAAGCUCCCUCCAUUUGUACUGCUGGAACGGUCACUAUAAUCAGAGAUCUCCCAACCAACACCAAGUCUGGACCUUUGCCGCAUCACUCCCAAAUUGCCUUUGUAAUCAUGUGUCUUUGUUAAGGAGGGGCAGCAGCCGCCUAGAAAUGAGUUACUGUCUCUCCCAAAAGCAUUCUAUACAAAUGAGAGAAUGGUCCACCUUUUAACAAGAUACCUUGGAGCAUUUUAUAGGUGGUUUGCCAAAUGAAAUACACCUUUCCUUGAGCCGGCUCUUCUUUGGGACCUCUUGAACUGCAAGUGCCCAAAUUCCCAGAUUGAUGAUGACGCAGGUGCCCUUAGAUCCAGCCGUACCCAUUUCCCCUUCAAAUACCGAGGCAGAUUCCAAUCCUCCUGGUUCAAAAUGAAGGACCAAUGGCUGGGAAUUCUGGGGGCUGCAGUCCAUAAUAUCUGGAGAGCACCUGGGGAGGAAAGAUGGACUCUUGGAGGCCCCUGAUUUCAGCCAGCCCCCAUGUCACUAAUUCUGCCUUGUGGGAAAACAGCGUGCCUAGGCAGUAGGCUGGAGGUGUGUGUGUGUGUGUGUGUGUGUGUACACAAUUUUGUUUUCUUUUUUAAAAAAUGCCUGAAACUCUUUGUCUCUUCUUUUUAACUUUUUUUGGCCUGGGGUGGGCGGGGGGAGGUUGAGGACAGCAGGCAGAAAAAAGAAAAGCUUGUAUUACCACUAAUAUUUCUGCCAAUAGAACCAGAAGGUUUCAAAACAGCCUUUUUAUUUUGGUCUUUUGUGUUUACACUGGAAUUUGCCAAAUAUUUAUAGAACUCUGCGUGGUGAGAAUGGCCAGUGUGUUUCGGCCAAGGCAAGUGGUCAAGGUUUAUGGAAAUCACAGACUAAAGAUUUUGAAGACAGUACUGGUUCAUUUUUGCUCCCAGAUUAAACUAUUUUUUUUCCUACUGAUGCAAUGAAACUAAAGCCUUUAAAAUGUAAAGAUGGCACCUUUAAUUUCUUUUUUAAGCAGAAAAACAGCUGAGCUGGAUUUAUUUUAUUUUCCUUGCUAGCCCUCUAAAGGCACCUGCUAUUUC